AUGCCAGUCGGAAUCGGUGAUUUGAUAAAGCUGCGGACAUUACCAAAACUUGUUGUCAGCAAAGUCGGUGGCUUGGGACUGAAGGAAUUGAGGAAUCUUCAGCAUUUGCAGGGGACACUUGCCAUUUCAGAAUUGCAAAAUGUGACGGACAUAGAGGAUGCAAAGGAGGCAUGUUUAAGGCGUAAGCAAGAACUCGAUGAAUUACAACUGGAAUGGGGAAAAGAUAUUAAUGUUCCAAUUGAUAGGAGUUUCGAAGAAGAAGUGCUAGAUAUGCUACGGCCUCAUGAAAACUUGAGAAAUCUCAAGAUUGAAUUCUAUAGAGGUGAAAACUUCCCAAGUUGGGUAGGGGAUAAAUUAUUUUGUAAAUUGUUGAGCAUAAGCCUUGGCAGCUGUAGUGAAUGUACAUCUUUACCCCCACUCGGGCAACUGCCCAAGCUCAAACACCUGCGCAUAGAAGGCAUGCGAAAAGUAAAACACAUUGGUGUUGAAUUUUGCGGUUUGUUGGCUGUCCCAUUUCAAAGUCUCGAGAGUCUAAGAUUUUAUGACAUGCCAGAAUGGGAAACAUGGUCCCGUUCUGCAGAUGGUGAGGUAUCCGAGAACCAGUUCCCUUAUCUUACUCAGCUUACAAUAUUCAAAUGCCCCAAGUUAACUAAUGUUUCUCCAUUGAAGCUUCCCAUUCUUCAUGACUUGGACCUUCAGGAAUGCAACAACGUAGUGUUACGAAGUUUCAGUAAUCUUAAUAAGUUAAACUACUUGAAAGUUGAGUCUGUUACAGGGCUAUCUCAUCUACCGCAGGAACUUCUGCAGUCCACUGAAUCACUUGAAGUUUUAGAGUGUUGUAAUUGCAGGGAACUGCUUUCACUGUGGGAAAAUGGAGUUACGGUAGAACAUCUUGUCCGUCUAAGACGCCUCGUCGUUGCUGACUGUUCAGAACUUGUAUCCCUUUGUGAAGAGGGACAACAGAUGCCUAGCAAUCUUGAAGUUUUGGAGUUAUUUCGCUGUGCAAGAUUAUUGUCCAUUCCAAACAUGAGCAACCUCAGGAUCCUGAGGGAGUUUAUAAUAAAGAAUUGCAAAAGACUUGUAAGCUUUUCGGAAAAUGGCGUCCCUCCCAUGCUUCGACGCCUUGAGAUACUCAGCUGCAAUGCCCUAGAAUCCCUGCCUAGUAGCUUCUCAAACCUUGAAAGGCUGGAGAUUAAGGACUGCUCGUCUCUGAGGACCUGUUUCGAUGGUAACUUCGCAAUCACCCUUAAAAAACUUUCCAUCAAAAACUGCAAUCAACUUUCAGAGGCGAUGCUUCCACUGAACAGUGAAAUUUCUCUGGAAGAGCUUACUAUAUCCAAAUGGCUGAAUUUCAGCUCUCUACUCCGGCAUGUGCACAGCUUUGCACAUCUUUUUGAACUGUAUCUAUCUGAUUGUAAUGGUCUAGAUAGCUUCCCAGAGCAAGGGUUGCCACCAAACCUGAGGACACUUUCCAUUGAACAUUGUUCAAAUCUUAAGUCCUUGCCAAUGCAGAUUCGAAACCUCGCAUCCCUCGUAUCACUUGAGAUACGUACUUGUCGCAGGCUUCAGAACUUCCCAAGAUAUGAUUUCCCCCCAAAUUUAUCUUCACUAAGGAUCUGGGAUUCUAGGAAACUCAAGCCUCUAGCAAAGUGGGGCCUACACAGACUAACCUCUCUUCGAGAAUUUUCUGUCUGUGGUGGAUUUCAAGAACUGGAGUUUCUUGGUGAUGACGACGGUCUCUUUCCUCGUUCUCUAACUAAGUUUUCUAUUGCUAGAUUUCCAAAACUUACUUCGCUCUCGAAGGUUCUUGAAAACCUCACUUCUCUACAACACCUAUCAAUCAUGAAUUGUACAAGCCUUAAUGUUUUGCCCAGUGAAAACCUGCUCGACAAGCUUUGGCAUCUAGAGAUAAGCGACUGUCCCCCUCUGAAACAACGGUGUCUCAAAGAUAAAGGGGAUUAUUGGAACAAGAUAGCUGGAAUUCCUUGUGUAGAAUUAGACGGCACUUACAUUUACAGACAGAGUUUGGGUUAA